CUGACGGUGCGGUCACUGGUGUGCUGUAAAAAAAGCUGUACAGCAAAAGCUUGUAUUGCCGUUAAUGGGUGUCGCAGUUCAGUUGAAUAGCAUAAUAGCGAGAUCUAACUUACAGGAAUAGAAAUCAUGGCACACGGACUAAAAGAACGGUUCGACAAGUUCCUUCAUGAGAAAAAUCUUAUGACGGAUUUGUUAGCGAAGAUCGAGGCUAAAACUGGAGUAAAUAGGACGUACAUUGCAGUCGCUAUCAUCGCCUUUGUUGCGAUUUACCUCGUCAUUGGCUACGGGGCUUCUCUUCUGUGUAACCUCAUAGCAUUCGGCUACCCUGCAUACAUCUCGAUCAAAGCCAUCGAGAGUGCCACCAAGGACGAUGACACAAAAUGGCUGACCUACUGGGUGGUGUUCGGGGUGUUCAGCGUGGGCGAGUUCUUCGCUGACAUCUUCCUCUCCUGGUUCCCAUUUUACUACAUGAUAAAGUGCGCUUUUCUGGUGUGGUGCAUGGCCCCGACUCCGUCAAACGGUUCCGUCGUGAUCUACAACCGGAUCAUCCGCCCCAUCUUCCUGAAGCACCAGGCUCGCAUCGACCGCGUGGCGAAGGACCUGAAGGACAAGGCCAUGGAAGCCAGUGACAAGUUCAGGGAGGAGGCCAAAAAAGCAACAGCAAACAUCAUUUUUGAGGAAAAGAAGAGCACCUAAGAGGACCCCGGGGUUGAAGCCCCAUCGAAACGGCUCUAUCUCUGAAGAGGACUGUGUCACGCGUCUGAAUAAAUUAAUGUUGCCUUGGAAUUUUUUUAUUUUAUUUUAAUUGUUUAUAUUGUGAACUAACCGGAGGGGUAGUUCUUAGGUCUUGCUCACUGUUUUUCCCGGUAAAAGUAUAGCGGUAUGCCGUAACGAUGAAGAAGCAGCAAAGAAAGAGAGAAAGAGAGAGAGAGAGAGAGAGAGAGUGUGCCUAUGGCUGAACCUCCACCUUACUUUUGAAAACCUUUCGAACCUUUACGUGGUGUAGCUACCGGCUAAACGAGGCCUUUGUGAUGUGUUCACCCUGCUCUGCUGACACUCCCAAUAAAAGAAAACCUGCCGUUA